CCUCUUUUCUGUCUGUCUGUCUGUCUGCUUCUCUCCCUUUCUAAAACAGCCCACCAACAUGCCCCCGAAGAAGCCUGAACCUAAGAAGGCCGAACCUAAGAAAGAAGAACCCAAACCAGCACCAAAACCACCAGAACCAGAGCCCCCAAAAGAAGUUGAAUUUAACCCAGCUUCUAUCAAAGUUGAAUUCACCCCUGAUCAGAUUGAAGAAUUUAAGGAAGCAUUCUCACUCUUUGACCGAACUCCAAAAUCUGAGAUGAAAAUCACAUACGCACAAUGUGGCGAUGUCUUGAGAGCUUUGGGGCAGAAUCCAACCCAAGCUGAGGUCAUGAAGGUGCUUGGCAGACCCAAACCAGAAGAAAUGAACUCCAAGAUGCUUGACUUUGAGACCUUCCUGCCCAUGCUCCAGCAUAUUUCCAAGGUGAAAGACACAGGCACCUACGAGGACUUUGUGGAGGGUUUGCGCGUGUUUGACAAGGAGGGAAAUGGAACUGUGAUGGGGGCUGAGCUCCGCCACGUCUUGGCUACACUGGGUGAGAGGCUGACUGAAGAAGAAGUUGAUAAGCUGAUGGCUGGUCAGGAAGAUGCCAAUGGUUGUAUCAACUAUGAAGCUUUUGUGAAACAUAUCAUGGCUAACUGAAUACCAGGACAAGAUAGGCGCCGAGAACCCCAGAUGCUGGCCUUGGAUUUCGAUGUAAUGGAAUGUCUUCUCAUUUUGCUGCCCAGAUCCCCAUUACACAGCUACAAAAUGUACUGUCCCUGAAGUUAUUUGGAUAAAUGUUUUUUGUUUGUUUUGUCUUCUUUCUUCAUGGGAAGAGGAUGGCCUUUGUGGAGAUGCAGUACACUCAGGAAACUGAAGAAACUGGAAUAUGAACUGUGAAUACCUGGGCAUUCUCUAUUUUCUUUUUUUUUCUUUCUGAUACAGGAUGUAAAACAGUGAUAGAAUAUUGUGAAGGGAGAGGGGAGAAAAGGAGAGUAACUUAUUUCAUGACUAAGCCAAGCAAAAAUGUAUUUUCAUUUAGCAGCAUCCUUCUCUGCCCUCCCCUCUUCCUUCCAAAACAACUAGACCCAUCUCUUUUUGCUCAUUACAUCUGUCAAAAUAGCUGUUUCAAAAUCAAUUCAGAAAUCUGAGUAAUCUGAGAAGGUAGGGGAGAAAUGAAACUAAACCAAUUGUAUAAAUCUCAUGUGCGCAAGGUAUGUUCUUAGUUAUUGAUGGAAAACAAGCAAAGCAGAAUACCCAGCAAUGAACUAACAAGUGCACUUACUCACACGUUUCUCAGUUUUGGAAGAUACAGCCUUUAAUGAAUGAGAUGUAAAGGAGGAAAAGAACAAAACAAAGAGUAUUCAAUGCUUGCAAGUUUGCUAGAAUUCAUCCCUUCUCUCUUCCCCACCCAGAUAUCUUCCCCAUCCAACAGUCUCACCUAUGAAACAAAUAAAAUAUCUUUCCCAAUGAAAACUGGAAAUUAUUCUAAUAUACAUGUCCUGUGGCUUUUAUCAGUAAACGAUGGGAUUCUUUGUC